AUGACCGAGCUGCUGCACCAGCAGAGCACGUGCUCGCCCUUGCUGCACUUCUCAUAUGACACCACCGCUGCUGCCUUGGAGGCAGGCCUGUUCUCACACCUGCUCUCACUGCACAUUCACAUGUCCCUCGAAGAGUGCUUUGCGCUGUUUGCCAUGAGCGGGCCCUGCCUCAUCUCACCUGUCCUUGCUGGUGCUGGCAUCAGCAUCGCAGCUGUGCAGGCACCCACCCUAGUGGCAGUAGCAGCAGUGGCCAGCAGCCCAUCCCAGCCGUUCAGGCCUGCACAAGUGCCUGAGCUUGUCUGCCCCUGCUGUUCGUCUCUGUUUGUCUCUCCUCCUCCUCCUAAAUUGGUUUUCACACCCAUGACUGAGCUGCUGCACCAGCAGAGCACGUGCUCGCCCUUGCUGCACUUCUCAUAUGACACCACCGCUGCUGCCUUGGAGGCAGGCCUGUUCUCACACCUGCUCUCACUGCACAUUCACAUGUCCCUCGAAGAGUGCUUUGCGCUGUUUGCCAUGAGCGGGCCCUGCCUCAUCUCACCUGUCCUUGCUGGUGCUGGCAUCAGCAUCGCAGCUGUGCAAGGUGAGUCAUCGCUGUUCACACUCGUGUGCCUGCUGCACGCGCUCAGCUUUCCCAAGGGCCAGCCCCUGCCGCAGAUGCACGCGCCCCUCUUCGAAGGUCCACUGCCUGUGUGCUCAUGCUCAGAAGGCCAGCCUCCACUGCAGAUGCGUGGCCUCUGUGCUGCGCGUGGACUAUUUUGCCACGCUGAGGCCAGUGAGUGGUCAUGGACAUAG